AUGGCUGAUGCAAUAAUCGAGAUGCCUGUGAACGAUGAGCAAGAGCUAGCACCCUUUGAUCCAACCAAAAAGAAGAAGAAGAAGAAGGUUGUUGCCGCCGAGAACUCAACAGGGCCACGGACUGAGAAUUUCGAUUCAAAUUCAACGCCAGCAAUUAAUGAUGGUCUUGAAAGUUCAUUGGCUGAAACUAGCUCGCUAAAGGACGCAAGUGUUGAAGCUGUCGUAGAUGGUGGGGAAGAGGAGGAGAAGAAGCAACGUUAUCCUUGGGAAGGAAGUGAUAGAGAUUACUCUUAUGAAGAGCUGUUUGGUAGGGUUAUUAACAUUCUGCGUGAAAACAAUCCGGAGCUCACUGGGGAUAGGCGUCGCACGGUGAUUAGACCACCACAAGUGCUUCGUGAAGGGACAAAGAAGACAGUCUUUGUCAACUUUAUGGACCUUUGCAAGAUGAUGCAUAGACAAGCAGAUCAUGUGAUGAAUUACGUGCUGGCUGAGUUGGGUACAAGUGGUUCACUUGAUGGGCAGCAAAGGCUGGUGGUUAAGGGCAGGUUUGCGCCGAAGAACUUUGAAGCCAUUUUGCGGACAUAUGUCGUCAACUACGUCAUCUGCACUGGUUGCAAGAGUCCAGACACAAUUCUUUCCAAGGAGAAUCGUCUCUCCUUUAUGAGAUGCGAAAAGUGUGGAGCUGGACGAUCUGUUGCAGAUGUUCAAAAAGGGUAUGUUGCGCAAAUUGGUAAGAGGAAGAAGACUUAA